AUGGCCGACGAUCUUCGACGUAUGUCCAAACAGGAACGGAUUUUGUGGAGUCUGCUAGAGAGCUUUGAAGAUUUCCUUCACGACUACGACGAUGUUCGGGAUCAUGGCUCACUUCAACCACGGCUGACUAAGUUGGACGAAGCCUACGAGAAGUUUUGUGAUCUGCGAGUUCGUAUAGAGAUGAUCCUUGAAGACCUUGAAGAGGAAUCUGAAGACGGCGACGAUAAGAAGGAAGUUCGAAAACGAGAAAGCAAAAAGGUGUAUAAGGGAUUUGUGACACGGUACUUUUCUUUGAAACAACAGCUGCUGUCGAAGAUGGAGUCGAUUCCCGCACAACCAACUCAAUCCUCUGUUUCCGACGUGGUUUUGCCGUGUCACACAAAGUAUCCAGAACUUCAGCUGCCAACCUUUUCCGGGAAGCUGUUGGAUUGGAUUAAUUUUCGAGACAACUUCAAGUCGCUGAUUCACGAUAAUGUCCAGUUGAACGAUAUGGAUAAGUUUAACUACCUCCGGACGUCACUGAGAGAUGACGCACUUCUCCAUAUCAAUCAAAUCCAAGUUUCAGCGAUGAACUACGGCCUAGCAUGGAGCACACUUGAAUCGAAAUAUGAGAAUCAUAAACUGAUAGCUCAGGAGCAUUUGAAAGCACUCUUCGCCACAUCUGCCAUGCGGACAGAAAGUUACGAAGCAUUAAAUGUAUUGUUGUCGACGUUUAAAAUCAACCUUCAACAAUUAGAAAAACUCGGCCAGAAGACUAGCAACUGGAGCACAUUGCUAGCGUUUAUGCUCUCACAAAAAUUGGAUGCCGAAACAUACCGUCUGUGGGAAACUCACCAUGCUUCUAAAACCGUCCCUACCUAUGAAGCUAUGGUUGAGUUUCUAGAAAACCAUUGUUCAAUCCUGCAGUCAACGGCCAGUCGCAGUGGCGACGAUCAUCAUCGAAACACUAGAGCUCCUAUCAGUCAUAGCACAGCAACGUUCGAGAGUUUCUGCCCUAUUUGCAACAAUGGUCGACACAAAGCAGAACAAUGUAACAGACUCAUUAGGAUGCGAGUCAUCGACAGGAAAGUUUUGGUGCGCAGAAUGGGGCUAUGUCUGAAUUGUUUGGAUUCCGGACAUUUUGUUGCUGAUUGCAUGCAGGAAUCCUGUUUGAAGUGUGGACAAUAUCACCACGUUCUUUUGCACCCGUAUUCUCCCAACCAAAGCAGCCAACAAAACAUGCAGAACGUCUCUCAAGACCCACGAAGACCUCAACGCGCGGACAGUCAAACAAGAAGGCAACCUUAUACACAACAGGCUCAGUCCCGGAUGAAUAGCAACCAAUCUUCACAAAACAUCUCACAACCUACACAACAGCCACCUCCCACAAACACUCCCACUCUUAGCCACCACACUUCUACUCUACUAGACAAAGGAAUGAAUUGA